GUAGGCGCAGUGCAGUCAGUCAGUCAUCAAACAUUGCAUGUCGCGGUCACAUCGACCGACGACAACAACAUCGGAACAAAACUGUACAUCAUAUACAAGCGAUCUGUGAUAUAGUGUUAAGUUACAUGCGAUAACUGAAAGUGAAAAGCAUUUAUGAAGUGAAACCUGUUGGAUAUUGUAACGGCACAACACAUAAAAUGAUGCACAAAAUAGGACUAACAUGCUGCGUAGCCAUUCUUAUUGCUUCCGACAUUGUACAAAGUGUAUCUAUAUUAGGUCCAAAAUUGUUGAGGCCAUACGGAAACUAUAAAAUAUCCAUAGCAGGAGGGUCCCGUGCGUACAACUUGUACGUAGCAAUAGAGGGGAAAAGAUCUACGGGAGAACAGUUUUCUCAAGGAAGAGUAGCGCAAGUUCCAGCAGCCGCCUCUAGGGUGGUAGACCUCGAGAUAGGCGACCCAGGGCCUGGUCAAUAUAAACUGGUUGCCCGGUCAACGUCGGGUCCGCUAUUCGCUUCAUCAGCUCCACUUAUCUACCAGCCGAGGAGUUUCUGCAUCUUCGUUCAGACAGACAAGCGAGUGUACCAACCUGGUGAUACUGUUAACUUUAGAGUGAUAGCUUUAGACAAAUACCUGCUACCGUUGUCAGGGACGGUGGAUAUAAGCAUCUUGGAUACCGGCGGAUCUCCGGUCCGGCAAUGGGCAUCCGUUCCACUGGACAGAGGUCUAUUCGCUGAAGAGCUAUUACUGGCCGAUGAACCUGCGCUUGGCCAAUGGACUAUUCAAGUGGAGGUCCGUGGUCAAAAGUAUUCCAGGGAAAUAACGGUGGCUGAUUAUGUGUUACCAAAGUUUCAAAUGGACAUUCAGAUGCCAAAAGAGAUACUAUUCAGCGAAGGACGGUUUUCCAUAAAUGUUACUGCCAGACAUUUUAAUGGCCUCCCGGUGAAAGGUGAACUGACUAUAUCAGCGUACGCUGUGUUCUUCUCUGGACUGUUACAACCUGUGUUUUCUACUCCCGCCCGAAAAGUGGUUGACUUCAAUGGACAAGCGAAUGUAUUAUAUGAUCUCAAAACAGACCUAGAUCUAGCCGAAGACGCUGCGAGACCAUUGGUUGUGGAAGCUGUGUUAGAAGAAAAAAAUACGCUUAUAAAACAAAAUAUUUCAUCUAGAAUUUUACUUCUACGGACACCGUACAGACUUAAGGUCACAGCUCCGGAUCGAUUCAAACCCACCUUGCCUUACAAUGUCCAGAUAGAAUUAGUAAACUCAACGGGACACACAAUUGAUGCGGCUGGUGAUGUUGUUGUCGAAAGACUGUGGGAUGACGGAGCUCCAGUUAAUACAACAACAGUAAAAUUAAUUAAAGGCAUAGCAAAAUAUACUUAUACACCAGAUGUGGCUCACACAAACUCCACCCUUAAUUUUGUAGUGAAAUAUAAAGAAAUAUCAGAAAGGAUCGUGAAUAUACAAAAAAGCUUGGAAAAGGGUGAGCAAUUCUUAUCAAUAGAAGUGCUGACUCGUAACACUGGUAUUGGAGAUGAAAUGCGUGCACAGAUUACCGCAACUGAGGCUAUGGACAUUGUUCACUAUGUUGUUAUCGGAAGAGGUGACAUACUAAUCGCGAAAACUUUAGAAUUGAGUCCAGCGCGUCGCAGGGUAGAUGUAUCAGUACCAGUAACGGCAGGGAUGGCACCGGGUUGUAUAUUACUGGCAUGGUACCCGCGGCUGGCUGGAGACUCAGUUCUUUCUGCUGCAGUGUAUGCUCCCCAAAGAGACUUAUUGCAACACAAGGUAUCAGUCACUUCAGCUUCAUCAGGAUCACUUCUUCGGCCUAAUGGUUUAGUGGAAUUUCGGGUUUCUGGCGAAGCAGGUUCACAGGCUGGUUUGCUCGGCGGUGACCAAAACGCUAUCCUUACAGGACUAGCAAGAAAAAAUGGACUCGGCAGCGGACUUGAUAUGCGUACGAUCGAACGUGAAGUGGAAAGUUUUAUUGGAUUAAAAUAUUCGUUGUUUAAAAACGAAGAUCAUCUACCGAGCUUAGGUCUUGAUUUAGGAGGGCGCAAUUCUUCAGAUGUGUUCAGUAACGCAGGAAUGGUACUUUUAACAGAUGGUCUGGUCAUUGCAAGUAAUAAACCAGCAGUGUUAGAAGAGCCAGAAACAGGCACUAGAGCACCGGAAGCAGGUCCAUAUGCAUUCAGCAGAGUACCACCGCCACCAACGCCACGGUACUAUCUCACGCGCACGAUGUCGCCGCAUACUACCUGGAUGUUCACCAAUCUGACCAUUGGUGAUGAUGGUGUUGGAACUCGGGAGCGCUGGUCACCAGUCACACCAGGAGAAUGGACUGUGGGAGCUUUUGCUGUACAUCCAACCUUGGGAUUGGGUAUUGCUGAACCCCGUAAAGUGACCACCGCCCUUCCCCUGUCCCUCACCGCUGAACUACCAGAAAGUUUACAGAGAGGAGAAACUCUAGCGGUGGUCGUUACAUUGAAAAGCACCCUUACAGUUGACACAUCAGUUGAAGUGACUUUCCACAAUUCUGAUCAAUACUACGAAUUUGAACCUCUGGAAAAUAACAUCGAAUCAGCUAAAAAAAUCGAAUUAUUCCGUCGAUUGCGUGUAAAUGUGCCAGCUCGAGGCUCCAGUAGUACAGCAUUCUUGGUAACUUCAGUACGAAGUGGCGAAGCGUCUAUUAUUAUCGAAGCUAACGGCAAUGGCGUCUCUGCAUCUCUAUUCCGUACUAUUGAUGUUAAGGAUGGUUACACAGAAAAGAUUUGGUCAUGGGCUCUUCUAGAUGCGCGUCGUGGCGUGGCACGAACCAAUGUGACCCUAACCCCUGCAGCUGGUACUAAACUUGGAGCAGUUUCUUUAGAAGCUACUGGUGAUUUAUUAGCAAACGCAUUAAGAGCAAUGAAAUCGCCGUCCACUGUCGCUGCAGAUGCUACAUAUGCAUUGCGACCAUUGGCUCGUGCUUGCAUCUUACUGGACUAUCUUCAGGCAACAAAUCAAGACGACGAAGUGUCGAUAGUAAAGGAUGCGCGACUACAAGCUUCUACGGGUUAUCAGCGUCUGAUGGCCUUCCGUCGACCAGAUGGUUCUUUUGUAGCGGAAUUCGGUGAUGAUGCUGUGUCGGAUGUGUGGAUGACAUCAAUGGCGGCACGUUGGUUGAGUCGCUCAUCCCGCUAUGUGGAAGUAUCUCCCGAAGCCACCAUGGCUGCUGCAAGAUGGUUGAUCAAUGCCCAAAAGUCCGACGGCAGUUGGCAACCUCCGUCCCCUUCGCAGAAAAAUGAUCCACGAGCACAAUCUGUUGUUCCAUUGACUGCCUACGCCUUACUGGCCUUGCAGGAGACCAAGAGCAACGAAAUCCUAUACAAGAACGCAAUGAACAAAGCUCUGGACUUCCUCGCAAAGAAUCUGUCUCCUGAAUUGGAUGCAUAUUCCCUGGCCUUGACAAGCAGCGCAUUGGCCGCGGCCAGGCAUCCACAGGCCACGCUGGCCUUGCAGAUUAUGGACAAAUAUGCUAAUACUUCGGAUGUCUCUACAUUGUACUGGUCUCGAAAAGUUCCUGGUGCAGAAUGGAAAAACCCAUGGUUAAAAGCAAACAGCCUAGAAGCUUCCACUGCAGCGUGGGGUCUUCGCUCUAUGUUGGCCUCCAGUCUAUUAGAGGAGGCUGUUCCUGUAGCUCGUUACCUAAUUCAAGCUCUUGGCCCUAAAGAUCAAGAUCCUGACGUGUUGGAUGCACUGGCGCAAUUCGCUCAAAUGUUGAAGACUACAAAUAAGCUGAGAGUGUCGGUAACAGUAGCGACCUUUGAAGAACCACGCCAGUUUAAUAUUGACAACGACAACGCUCUCAUUAUACAGACGCAAUUGGUCCGCAAUGCAAUUAACGCUAGUGCAGUAACCGAGGGUCGAGGAGUCGCAAUGUUCGGGCUAUCAGCAAAGGGCAGUACCAAUGUGACAGCCGCCUGGCCGCGGUACACGCUCGACCCGAGGGUCGACCAGGUGUCCACUAGAGACAGACUUCAACUUUCCAUUUGCAUCGGGUUUGUUCCAAUUGCCAAUGAAACAGAAAGUGGAUUAGCACUCCUCACCGUUCAACUGCCAUCAGGAUAUUUAGCAGACUUGAACACGAUCACUGAAUUAACGGCGGCGCGACACGUGGUGGGCGCUAGAGUGAUGGCGGGCGGCACGCAAGUGACGGCGUGGCUGCGCUCCAGCGUCUCCGAGCGGUGCGCCACGCUAGCGGCGCCGCGCGCGCUGCCCGUGGCCCGCCAGCGACCUGCGUGGGUCACACUCGUCGACCUCUACGACUCUAGUCACCGCGCGCGCGUGUUCUACCAAGUGCCGCCGAGCACGGCGUGCGACGUGUGCCGCGAGUGGCCGUCGUGCGCCGGCGCGUGCGGCUCGUCCGAGCGACAGCUCAGCCCCACCACGCGCAAGCCACCCAACGACGCCGCCGCCCCGCAGUUUACGUUGGCCCUUAUGUUCACUAUCGCCGUUAUAUUGUUAAUACGAUAAACUUUAAUUUUGUAACUUAUGUACAUUGUAAAAUAAUUUUGUUAAAUGAAUUAAUAAAUUAUAUUUAGCUAUAUUUUUGACAUAUUACAUUAAAAUAAUAACAAAGAUAAUUGGCGCUUAUAUUAAUUAACUAUGAUCGUGAUAUUGUUAAUACGAUAAAAGAAACUUAAUUAGGUACCCAUUGUAAAAUUAUUUAUUUAUACGGAUAAUAAAUUAUACUAGAUGUGCUGUAACACAUUGCCUGUCAAUUCUUUAAGAGUGUGCAAUAUGUAAUUUGGUGGUUACAAAUGGUUCUGGAUCUCAGAUUCUGGAAAAGUUAGGAGCCUGAUAUUUGGGUAAAUGAAAUUUCAAAGUGUCAGCUUCGUUAUGACUAUACAAAAUAUACAAUUUGUAAAACUUUUCUCGAUAGUUUAUUUUUUUGAAAAAUACAUGUUUUGCUCACAUUUUGCUUUCAAUCUCAGGAAAAGCAAACUUAUUUUCUUAAAUUUUUGUUUUGUAUAGUAAUUUGGUAUAUAUCUUGAACAUGGCCAUUUUGUUUUUCGUUAUGUUGUUUAAUUUACUUGCAAUUAGGAAAAAUGGUUUUGGCGCUCACGUCAUAAAAUUUGCGUCGCGCGUCAAUCGCUCCGUGCUUUUCACUCACGUCAAAAGUCAUAAUUCAGCGUCUCGUUUGCGCUUCGAAUUUUAUCCAUAUCGUACCGACGCGUUGCGCGCUCUUAAGCGCGAGGAACAACUACACCUAUAGGUAAGUCUAGUAGGUACUUUCGGAAGGUAGUUGGGGAACUUCGGAAGCGAAGUAACCCAAAUUCCGAAUUACCUAUUAUUGUCCAAAGAAAAGCAUCACAAACAUUGAAAUAUUAUAUAUAUUAAGAAGGUUUACCUACUUGUUAUCUUUCUUUAGUAAAAAUUUCACAAUAAUAACACAAUAAUAAAAAUAAAUAAAUACCGAAAUUAA